UAUAUAUAUAUAUAUAUAUAUUUUUUUUUUUUUUCAUAUAUUUUAAAUUUUUGAUUUAAAUAUUGAAGGAUCUCUGUUAGAAUUAUCUCCGAUCAAAAAUUUAUUUUGUAGGUGGGAUCACCAAUACUCUUGCCAGGCUCAGUCUCACUCCGAUAAUUCUGGCCAUCAAACUUGCCGGACGGCUAAGAUGCCCCUCCCUGAUAUCCCAAUUGCCUAUAAAUUGUCGCGCACCGCCGGCUGCCUCCCCUGCUUCCAAAACCAAAACCCUGGAGAACGGGCGGAGAAAAAAGCCGUCCCCGAUCUGAGGUCAGGGUUUCACGAGGGACAAGCGUUGGCAGCGAUGACCUUCAAGCGUAGGAAUGGUGGCCGCAACAAGCAUGGCCGCGGCCAUGUCAACUUCAUCCGCUGCUCCAACUGCGGCAAAUGCUGCCCCAAGGAUAAGGCUAUCAAGAGGUUUCUUGUGAGGAAUAUUGUGGAGCAGGCUGCAGUGAGAGAUGUACAAGAGGCUUGUGUUUAUGAUGGAUACACUCUGCCGAAGCUUUAUGCCAAGAUGCAGUACUGCGUCUCGUGUGCCAUCCAUUCUCAUGUGGUCAGAGUCCGCUCUCGGGAGGCCAGGAGGAACCGUGAACCUCCACAGCGCUUCAGACGCAGGGAUGAUAUGGCGAGGCCUGGACAAGGCCCACGUCCUGCUGGAGCUGCUAAUUUGGGACGCCCAUGAUCGUUUUAAGCGCGGGGCCACGCCAACGGUGUUCUUUUUAGGCUUCUUGAACUCUCUCUUAAUAAGAGAUUUUGAACUUGUUUUAGAAGAAAUUGGUUCAAUUUUAAUGCGUUUUAUACUUUUAUGUGA